AUGGGUUGGUUGCAACGACUUAGUAAGAAAAAGCAUAGUGAAAAUGAGAAUUAUGAAGUUCAAAAGCCUAAGAAGUCGAUACUUCGAUCCACUUCUCGUGCCACAUCUAAUCCAUCUACAUUUGAAGAAGAAGAAUACGAUAAUGAUGCAGGUGAAACUGACCUAUCAACAAGUGUUUCACUCGUCAAUCUACGAUCCACCUCGCCUGAAGUUCGACGUCGACUAAACUCUACAAAUCGUUUAUCCGCCUAUCCUCCUUCUAUGAAUGGAAAUCAUUCUGAUAGUGAAAAUAAUGAUCAGACUUUAAAUCGUAGAACUGUGCUAUUUCUUGAUCAAGUUGCUGCACCCGAUAGGAAUCGUCGUACAUCAAGAACACUGAUGAAUAUCCCCUCAGAGAGUGCUAAUCGUAAUUAUGCCACUUAUUCUGGUCAUAGAUCACCACCGACAUUUUCACGUACAAUCAGUCCAUCUUCGGCAUCAUCGCUGGCUUCUUAUCCAGCGAAUUAUGAACCAUCUCCUUUGAUACGUAAAAAGACAUUUGAUGAUCCUGGAAUUGAAUUAGUCAGUUGUACACCAUUGCCAUAUUCAACAACACUAAGUCAACCAGAACAACCGACAUCAAAAUUACAGAAAUUGAAAUCUGCGCGUAAACAUCUACCCAAUUUGAAUGCAUUUCAUAAAAAGAGAAAAGAUACUAGAAAACCAGGAAAAUUUUUAUUUUUAGUAAAUCAAGAAUCGGAUGGAAUUAAUAAAGAUAUGUACUUUUACGAGAAUAAUAUUAAUGAGCUGGAUCAAGAAAAUAAUAAUAAUAAUGGUAUCUAUGAAGAAUUACAACGUUUAGAAUCAAAUGAUGAAUCUAUUCAUGGUUGGAAAGCAACACUGAUAUCUAAUCGAAUAACAACACCUAUCAAAAUCGAUCGUCAGAAUCCUGAUACCCAUCAUGUCGGAAAUGACUAUCAAUUAAAUCAGUUCAGAGGAGUUACUGCCAAGAAUUCAAGUCAAACUCGUCAACAUGAUAAAACACCGACUGGUAGUACAGAAACACUAGUCAGUAUGUCAAGACAACUACCAUCAGACAAUCGAGCCUAUUAUGACAUGCCGCCUAUUUAUAGAAAUGGACAGGUGACCAGGGUCAGGCUACCGGAAUUUUCAUCAAAUACUCCCCGUAACCCUGAAAUUUCUACUGAUCGAAUAAUUGAUAGGAGUCAAAGUCAAGCUAUGAAAGCACCAAACUCACCUACACAAAAAUAUAACAUUACAAGCGUGAAUGACACUAGUAAUAACGACACUACUAAUACUACUACUAGUACUACCACUAAAAACAAUAAUAAUAAUUCACAUGCAGUAAACUCACAAUCUCCACGAAUUAUCUACGUAUCAAAACAACAUUCAAUUACUCCUGACCUUGGUAGUAAUGCUCCGACAGUGAAUCGUAAUAGAAUCAUCUCAAUUUCAUCAAUGUCUGAACCAAGUACACCAAGAAUGUAUUCAGUGUAUACUGGGCAUAAAACUGAACGGACUUACACAAAUAAUCAAUAUAAUUACAACACUACUGCUCCUGUGCCUCCAUCAACGCGUAAAGGAAGUGUUUCAAUUAUACACUAUGAUACUACUAAUAAUCAUAACGACAGUUCCGACGAUGACCAUAACAGCAGACGAGAAUAUAAUCUGUGAAAAUUAUCACUCUAUUCAAAAUAUUUUUUCUUCCUUUUUUUGAUUCCUACAUUCAUGAGCAUUCUCGUAUGCUUUUCGUUUGCCUCUAAUGUUAACAAUCAAUUUUCUCAACUCAGCAUCUGACCAUCCUAUUAUUGUAUGCAAUUUAAAAGUGUAUAAAAUCAAUAACUUUCGGUCUGAUUUAAUGAAUCGAUAAAUGAAUGUUUAAAGAAGGAAGCACUGACUGACCACCAAUAAGAAUACGCUUUCUUUUCUUAUCAACACCCACGUACACAAGAUAACCUUGAAGUGCCUUUUAAAGAGCCAAUCAAAAGAGAGGGAAACUGUAUAAAUAAGAUCUGACUUUAUAAGAUAUUUAUUUUUCAAAGGAGACCAUUAGCCGACAUUUCUGUGUUAUGU